CAUAACGGUGCCAUAAGUGACGUAGAAAACAGACUCUUUGCGUACAUCGCUGGACGUGAAGAGAAGGAAGUAAUUGGACAAAAGGAACAUGAAUAUUUGGCAUCCUGGUGAAAAAACUGAGGCAAAGCAGGAAGCGGACCGGGAGCGACGCACCGAAGAGAAUGGCGGUGAGAUAACUGCCGAUGUAGAAAGCUCGCUCGAAAGUGAGCUGGGCGGGAGUGUCCAGUUGCAUUUGCAGAGCGACCAUGGUGGUGAGGAAGCAAGGCGAAUACGAGCCACUUUAAGGGUGAGGUCUGCCGGGUUUGUGGCCGGAGACAGAUACCCACGAGUGCAGCACCCGAAGAAGCGCGAAGGCAUCGGUCGAUGCUCGAUAAGAUCCUAUUGAUGGAGCCUUUCAUUUCCCUGUUGGCACUCAAGAAGGGUUUUGGUGGCGCCACAUGCCUCGGGGAAGCUGAUCCAAGCACUCACAAUUACUCAACGAAACAUCCGUCUUCAAUGGGCCCGAAGUAAACACAAACCCAACAUGUCUUUCACCGUCGCUCCGUUGACGCAUCCCACAGACAGCCAGAUCGAAGAGAUAAUUCACGUCUGUCUGCGCGCAUACGAUCCCCACGAGACCUCCAUCAGGACAUUGAGUGGUGACGACCCAGUCCUGCUAGCCGCGUUUUUUCGCGCCAGUAUUCGCGCGGGCGUGUUGGCAGGCCGAAUCUUCGUCGUGAGCGAGUCAGCAGACCCGACCGUGAUCCGAGGGUUCGCAUUGUGGUGGGAGCCCGGGGUCGAGGCCUUCUCCACGUCCGUUCACCCGUCGAUCAACAAGCCAUCCUGUCCACAUUCCUGGUCCAGCUGUCACCCGAGGCUCUGCUCUGGCACAAGACUACGGCAAGUGCACCCGCGCCACAGGAGUCUCGUCUCAAUCUCUCCACAGUAUCGGCCGGAGUUUGCUAGCUUGACGGCGAGGCUCUUGGGCGAACGCGGAAAGCUUGACUCAUGGUAUCUAAACUUGUUCGCUGUCGAUCCAGAUUACCAGCGGCGAGGAAUGGCGCGUGCGUUGGUGGAAGCUGUACGGGACCAGGUAAGUGCAACCGUCAUCGCUCCCGCAUUCUCCAAAAGACAUGGCGCCUCAGGCUCACGGCUCCGAAUUGACUCUGGCCGCGACGAACGAACUCAACGUUUGCAUAUACCGAAGAUUGGGAUUCAGUGUGAGAGGAUCGAUGGAGAUGUCUGGGCCGUACGGCCCGUUUCCAGUCGCCGUUCUUUCCAUGUGAUGGCAAUUGAAGAAAAGUGAUCACGCGUCAUGAUUGUUUUCGGAUGCGGAAAUAGAGGAGAUAGCGAUCUACUACAAGUCAUCAGGAAUGUAGAUGGACAUGUUCUGCAUUUGUCCAGCGAAAUUCUGGCGGCUCCAUUCGUGGAUCUUUUCAAAGUUUC